UAAGCGGGUUCCACCAGAAGAAGCGGAUCUAUCUCUCCCUAAAAAUAAAUUCAGCUCACUCGCGAGUUUUAUUUUUUUUUUACUCAAUUAAUGCAAAUAGAAACGCCAAACAAUAGCAACAAAUUAUAAUACUCACAACCAUAUAGUAUAUAAGCCGUGAUACAAAUCAACCGCUGUCCAGGCGAAACCUGUUCUCGAGCACUACACAGUAAUCAAACAAACAAAGAGGCUCCUCAGUCGACUUUGCAAAAUGGGCACAAAGAUCGAGUACGUGGACACCACACAUCUGUACGCCUCCAAGUACAUACGCAACUCGAAGGCGAUUGGAGUGCUCUGGGCCAUCUUUACCAUCUGCUAUGCCAUCAUUGGCAUUGUGGCAUUUGUGACGCCAGAAUGGAUUGGGGAUCCGGACAAUGACGGGGCUGGCCGGCUGGGUCUGUGGCAGCAGUGUCAGCGCGAUGAGAUCUUUGACAAUUGUCGCCGCCGCUGGGAGAACGUAUUGGCGGUGCCAACCUUCUCGUUUCAGUUGGCCACAUUCUUCAUGAUGGGCGCCAUUGGGCUUGCCUUGCUAACCAUCUUUUUCUUAGUCUGUUUGCUGUUUAUGAAGUCGACGCGUGUUUUUCAUAUUUGCGGAUGGAUGCAGAUAAUAUCAGCUCUGUGCAUGAUUGUGGCCUGUGCUGCUUUUCCCUUUGGCUGGAAUUCAGAUGAUUUCCGCAAGAUCUGCGGCCCGGAAGCGAAUCGAUUCGAGCUGGGCCUCUGCGGAAUUCGUUGGGCUUAUCCCCUUGCCAUAAUCGGCUGCGUGGACGGUGUCGUGUUGGCCACUCUGGCAUUCAUCUUGGCCACGCGGCACGUGCGUCUUCAGCCGGAUCCCCUCUAUCAGACUUCGCUAUACAAAGGUGAAAUCAACAAUGCCUAUCUCACGGAUGCCAUUAGUUUGGCAGGGUCCCGGAAGUCCAAUCCUCAUAUUACGGGUCUGAAUCUGCAGCCCAUUUUGUUGGUGGCGCCGCCAAAUGAGGACAGCAUAUCGCAGUUUUCCCGCUAUCACUGAGGAUCCGAUUAUUUUUUCGAAUCCCAACGAAUCAGUCAAGACAGCUACCAUGCUUAGCACGUACAACCACCUGGAAAUGUUUCGCUUUGGUUAAAAGCUUAGCUUAGCGGUUAUGUAGCGGUUGAAAGCUUGCAACCGUUUCGUUUUGAAUUUGAAUUGUGGGUUUGUUUCUCUGCCUUGUGCUUGCCCCUCUGACUCUCUUCCUCGUGUGUGAGUAUCUGAAUGAAUAGAGUGUGUAAUUUUUUUUGAGUGCCUCUGCCCGACUGAAUGCCAAUCUUUAGUUGUAAGCUCCGAUUAAUUUAACACCUUUGUAUAGCUUGUGCCUAAAUGUAAACUUUGACUAAGAAAAUGCAGAAAAGCAAAUUCUCUGCCUGUAAAUUAUAUACCCAUAAACAAUAAAAGAUGUACAAAUAUUAAACAUAAA